AUGGCCGACACCGACCCCAAGGGUUUCAAGCGCUCCAGCGCCGACAGAGAAGGAAGUUCUAGGAAGAAGGUCAAGAAGGAGGAAUCCGACUCGGAGGAACCCAAGUACAACCCCUACCUGGCACACAUGAAGGAGGACAACGGCUUCAAGUCCGAGGAGGGCGCCAUCGACGCCAGCUCGCCCUUCGCCGGCUUCAAGCCGCGCGCGACCACCGCCAAGCAGGCCGAGAAGGUCGAGGACCUCGACACCAACGCCUUCACGGGCCGGCCCCAUUCGCAAAAGUACUUCCAGAUCCUGCAGUCGCGCCGAGACCUGCCCGUCCAAAAACAAAGACAAGAGUUCCUCGACAAGUACCACUCUACCCAGAUUCUCGUCUUCGUCGGUGAGACGGGUUCCGGAAAGACGACCCAGAUCCCCCAAUACGUCGUCUACGAUGAGCUCCCCCAGCUCAACCGCAAGAUGGUCGCCUGUACCCAGCCCCGCCGUGUCGCCGCCAUGUCCGUCGCCCAGCGUGUUGCCGAUGAGAUGGACGUCGAGCUUGGCGAGGAGGUUGGAUACAGCAUUCGUUUCGAGGACAGAACUGGCCCCAACACGAUUCUGAAGUACAUGACGGAUGGUAUGCUUCUCCGAGAGGCCAUCCACGACCACGAGAUGUCGCGUUACAGCUGUAUCAUUCUUGACGAGGCCCACGAACGUACCCUCGCCACCGAUAUCCUCAUGGCUCUGCUCAAGCAGAUUGCUGCCCGCCGUCCCGACCUUAAGAUCAUUGUCAUGUCCGCCACCCUCGAUGCGCAAAAGUUCCAGCGUUACUUCAACGAUGCGCCCCUUCUCGCCGUUCCCGGUCGUACGCAUCCCGUCGAGAUCUUCUACACCCCCGAGCCCGAGCGAGAUUACGUCGAGGCGGCCAUCAGGACGGUGCUGCAAAUCCACGCCUCCGAGGGUGAGGGAGAUGUUCUCCUCUUCCUGACGGGUGAGGAAGAAAUCGAGGACGCGUGCAGGAAAAUCAAUCUCGAGGCCGACGAGAUGACGAGAGAAAUCGACGCCGGGCCUCUGGCAGUCUACCCCCUGUACGGUACACUACCGCCGCACCAGCAACAAAAGAUUUUCGACAAGCCUCCGGCCCCCUAUAAGAAGGGCGGCCGGCCGGGUCGCAAGGUCAUUGUGGCGACCAACAUCGCCGAGACGUCGCUGACGAUUGACGGUAUCGUCUACGUCGUCGACCCGGGAUUCAGCAAGCAAAAGAUCUACAACCCCCGUAUCCGUGUCGAGUCGCUCUUGGUCUCGCCCAUCUCCAAGGCCUCCGCUCAGCAGCGUGCUGGUCGUGCCGGUCGUACAAAGCCCGGAAAGUGUUUCCGUCUGUACACCGAGAAUGCCUUCAAGAAGGAGCUCAUCGAGCAAACGCACCCUGAAAUUCUGCGUUCCAACCUGGCCAACACUGUCCUUGAACUCAAGAAGCUUGGCGUGGAGGACCUUGUCCACUUCGACCUCAUGGAUCCUCCUGCCCCCGAGACCAUGAUGCGUGCCCUCGAGGAGCUCAACUACCUCGCCUGUCUCGACGACGAUGGCGAGCUGACGACUCUCGGCAGUCUGGCCUCCGAGUUCCCUCUUGACCCGGCCCUGGCUGUCAUGCUUAUCUCGUCGCCGGAGUUCUACUGCUCCAACGAGAUCCUCUCCAUCACAUCGCUCCUCUCCGUGCCUCAAAUCUGGGUCCGCCCGGCCGCGCAGCGCAAGCGCGCCGACGAGAUGAAGGCCCAGUUCUCCCACCCCGAGGGUGACCACCUCACGCUCCUCAACGCCUACCACGCCUUCAAGGGCACAGCAAGCCAGCCCGGCGUGGAUCCCAAGAAGUGGUGCCACGAGCACUUUCUCUCCUUCCGCCACCUUAGCAGUGCCGAUAACGUCCGCGCCCAGCUGAAGCGCAUCAUGGAGACCCACGGCCUCGAGCUCAUCUCGACACCCUUCGAGGACAAGAACUAUUACACAAACAUCCGCCGCGCGCUUCUCUCGGGAUUCUUCAUGCAGGUUGCCAUGAAGGAGAGCUCCGGCAAGGUAUACCGGACCAUCAAGGACGAUCAGGCCGUCAUGAUGCACCCCUCCACCGUCCUGAAGACCGAUUACGAAUGGGUACUUUACAACGAGUUCGUCUUGACCUCGAAGCAGUACAUCCGUACUUGCACUGGAAUCAGGCCAGAGUGGCUACUGGAAAUUGCCCCAGUCUACUACGACCUCAGCUCCUUCGAAAAGGGCGACGUCAAGACGGCCCUCACGCGGGCUGCUGAGAAGAAGCGUCGGAAGGAGGCCAUGAAGAAUGGUCGGUGA